GUGAUUAAACGUCAACGUCAAAAAGCCACUUUAAAAAUAUGUGAAUGUUUUUGAACUUUGAAAUUCAAAUUAAUUAAUUAUUCAUUUCUGAAUUACUUAAGUUAAUGUUAAUGCGUGGUAUUUUACUCCUGAGUUACUAUCAAUUUAUAAAUUCAGCAAUUCUAAAUUAAUCUAAUAAAAAAUAUCAUCGUGAUGAGUAGUAAACAGAAUAACUUGAAAAAAAUUAAAUCAUUGUGUUAUUUGACCUUAGGAGGAACUCUCUCAUACCAGUUUAUUUAUUUUAAAAAGGAUUUCAAUGGUUAUUACGAUACAUUCUUACGUCCCUUCAGCCAACUUUUAGAUCCUGAAUGGGCUCAUAUAAUUGGUGUGUCGGCUAUAAAAUAUGGAAUAUUUCCACCAGAAAAUUUUCAGGAUCCAAACGUACUAAAAACCAAAUUACUCAAGUAUGAACUUAGUAAUCCAAUUGGCAUUGCAGCUGGUUUUGACAAACAUGGUGACGCUGUUACAGGUUUAAGACGCUUGGGGUUUUCAAUAGUUGAAAUAGGUUCUGUUACUCCAGAACCUCAACCUGGAAACCCAAAACCUAGAGUAUUUAGAUUACCAGAGGACAAUGCUGUUAUUAAUAGAUAUGGAUUCAACAGUGAGGGACAUGACGGGGUGUUGAAAAAAGUUAAAAACUUAGACAAAGCUUUGCUGCAAAAUGGACUUUUAGGAAUCAACUUGGGUAAAAACAAAACCUCCAAUGAUGCUAUUCAAGAUUAUAUUCUAGGAAUCAAUAAAUUCUUUGACAUAGCUGAUUAUUUUGUGAUAAAUAUUAGCAGUCCUAACACACCUGGUCUACGGUCACUACAAAGCAAAGAAGAGUUGCAGAAACUUUUAGCUGCAGUCAACAAAGCAUUAAAUUCAUUAAAAACAGGAACUAAACCACCACUUCUACUGAAACUUGCACCUGAUUUAAGUCUUGAAGAAAUCAAGGACAUUGUAGCAGUGAUCAUGAAAAAAGAUACAAAAGUGGAUGGUCUUAUUAUAGCUAAUACAACAAUAGAAAGAAAGUCUCUAAUGAACAAAGUAUAUGCUAGUGAAAUUGGAGGUCUCAGUGGAAAACCACUUGCUAAUAAAUCCACAGACAUGAUCAAAACUGUAUAUAAACUAACAAAGGGCAGUGUCCCCAUAAUUGGUGUGGGAGGCGUUUUUUCUGGUCAAGAUGCUUAUGACAAAAUAUUAGCUGGUGCCAGUGCAGUACAGAUAUACACUGCCCUCAUAUAUUUUGGUCCACCAGUAGUUACCAAGAUAAAAACUGAACUCGCUGAACUGUUAAUAAAAGAUGGUUACAGUAAUGUCAAUGAAGCUGUUGGUAAAGGAGUGAAAUGAUUCACAAUGUUAAGUUUGCCAAGUGAUUGUAUUAUACAGUAUAAUGAAAUAUAUUAUAAACAUUUGUUUAUGAA